AUGGCGCUCAUCUCCUCAUUACUGGGUCUUCCUGUGCUGAGAGGUGGGGCGGCCGGGGUGGACAGGGGCGGACAGGGGUGGACUGAGCUGGAGAAAGUGGAGAAGGUGGAGAACGUGGGUCAGCUGGAGAAAGUAGAGAAGGUGGAAAAAGUGGGUCAGGUGGAGAAGGUGAGUCAGGUGGAGAAAGUGGAGAAGGUAGGUCAGCUGGAGAAGGUGGAGAAGGUAGGUCAGCUGGAGAAGGUGGAGAAGGUGGGUCAGCUGGAGAAGGUGGAGAAGGUAGGUCAGCUGGAGAAGGUGGAGAAGGUGGGUCAGCUGGAGAAGGUGGAGAAGGUAGGUCAGCGGGAGAAAGUGGAAAAGGUGGAUCAGUUGGAUCAGGUGGAGAAGGUGGAGAAGGUGGAGAAGGUAGGUCCGGUAGAGAAAGAGGAGAAGGUGGAGAAGGUGGAGAAGACAAGUCUGAAGUCUCAAGGGCCUGUUUGGGUCUCGGCCCCGUCGUGGAGCUCUGUGAGUUCAGGUCCAGCCCUCGGCCUCGUGGCUCCGGUGUCCGCUCUGCCACGCGUCAUUAAGUCUUUUAUUGUGGCGGCUGCUCCACGCUUACGGCCCCGACGACAGCAGGGGUAUGAGUGUAACGAGUGUGACCUCACGAGCGCUUCAGCUGUCACUGCCGACGUCACACACACCACACUCACCCAGAAUUAG